UGGCCUGACACAGAGAGGACUGGCUGGGCAAAGUGGAGGAGGAACAACGAUCGACGACCAGGAGAAGAAAAGAACACCAUGAUCAUCACCGGCCAAUCGAUAUUCACCAUCACCCACGAGCGAGCACCGACGAAGGAGAUCCCGCUGGACUGCUCAGGAUCGGGCUUCGAUCAGCCAGCCCUGGUCGUCCCGGGCGAGAUGAUCGCCUCGUCGAAGUACUGGAUGCGCGGCCAUGGGACGUUUAUCGAGGAGCAGUCGGAGGAGCAGGAGGGCGGCGAGCUCGACGGAGAGACACAGACUUCCGAGGGACUGAUUCGGAGCAGUCUUGCCGGGACGGUCGAACGGAUCAACAAACUGAUCACCGUCAUCCCUCUUAGCGGCCGGUACCGUCCUGAAGUGGGCGAUUUGGUCAUCGGAAGAAUCACCGAAGUCCAAUCCAAACGAUGGAAAGUCGAGGCUGGCGGCCGUCAACAUGCGGUACUGAUGCUGGGAUCCGUCAAUCUCCCGGGCGGCGUCCAGCGAAGAAAACUGGAAUCCGAUGAGCUUCAGAUGCGCUUCUUCUUCCAAGAGGGCGACCUAUUGGUCGCAGAAGUGCAAGGGUUUUUUGGCGAUGGAUCGAUGAGCUUGCACACACGUUCCAGGAAGUAUGGGAAGCUACGAAACGGAAUGCUCUUGAAAGUGCCUUCGCAAUUGAUCCUACGCCUCAAGUCGCAUUUCCACAUCUUACCGAUCGGGAUCGACCUGAUCAUCGGCGUGAAUGGCUGGAUAUGGAUUGCCCAACAACGGGCGCACACGGAGCUCGACGAGUCACUCAAAGAGGCCUUCGAAGCAGAAGCUGAUAACAUGUACUCUGAUGUCAACGAGCCGAUCUCGACCAAGACUCGAGCAAACAUAGCCCGUCUAGCAGGCGCAAUCAAUCUGCUCUCGACCCAUUCGAUCCCGAUCUCCGAUUCGUCGAUCCUGCGGACCUACCAAGCCAGCUUAGAGAUCUCGCGUCUAUCCAGGCUGGACGACGAUCAACCGAUGGACGUCGAUGGCUCCGAGGACCCUAGUCUGGCCGCAAAACAUGAGCUCGACGGGUUCUUGAAACCCGAGUUCAGGGAGAAGGUCUUGGCCCUUCUCGUUGCUUCUUCGUAGAUAUAACUCUCCAACUCCCCGCCGCCAAUAUCCUUCCUUUCUUUUUCUCUUGGGUUAGUCGUCAGUAGACUCCACCGUUGGGUGUGUGUCCUGUCGCUCUCUUAACUCCUUGGAGUCUCUCAAACGCCUCCUGUCCACUAUCUGCCUCACACACGAUCUCGCUCAAAGACUCCCAGUUCGACCACAUUUUGAGGAGACGAAACUAUUUUGUUUAAAUGAAUUGUGUAAUAUUAAUUCAACGCAAGCUAGAAAUUGAUUUCUUUGGAGCCAUGCUCAGAAGAA